AUGGGCUGGUUUUGGUCAAAAUUUUCGUCCGCCCCAAAGGACGAGUCCCACACAACUCAACCUCCGACAGCGACGCCAGAGAACCUCCCAACCCCAGCACAACCACAACCGCAAUCACGAACACUCACUCGCGAAGAGAAAGAAGAAGCCGAGUUUAAGCAACUAUGGACAAGCCUCGAAAAUGACAUUCGCUCCGGCGCACAAGCUGCCAAAGAUUCAUCAACACCCACUCAACCCUCAGAUUCCUCCCUCCAAACCCCUCUCGCAUCAAUAGCCCCCGACUCGCUCUACCCCGACACCAUGUCCUGCCGCUCCGCCUUCGACUACGCCUUCUUCUGCCAAUCGCUAGGCGGCCAAUUCGUGAAUGUCUACCGAUACGGCGAGCUGCGGUCGUGCAGCGAGCACUGGGAGAAUUUCUGGCUGUGCAUGAAGACGCGGACGUUCUCGGAGAAGGAAAAGAGCCGCAUGAUCCGCGACCACUACCGGAAGAAGGCGAUCAAGUAUAAGACGGGACCGAGCAGUGAGGAUGUUUGGGAGGUACGGAUGGAGCCCGUUAGGAAUGCCUUCCAGGGGGAUUUUGCGGCGUUGGAGAGGGAGAUGAAGGCAGAGGAGGAAUCGGAGGAGCGGAAAGCGGCGCGCGCGGCCAUGACGCCGAUGCAGCGGGCGGCGACUUCUAUCUAG